CUGGAGAUCUCGUCCAAACUGGCAGCCAAGCCGCUCUUCGGUAUCGUGUACGCCUUAGAUGCUCCAAGAAAAUGUUGCAGACACAUCUACGAGACGAUAUUGUCUCGACUUGUGUGCAGGUGUGGUGAGGAGAGCCAGGUUUGAUUGUUGACGUCGCCAAACAUCCUUUGCCAUCGACCAUCACGACGACAACAACCUUCGUUUUGUUCUUGCUGCUAUGUUCUGACCCUUCAUGGCUCGUCUGACGCAGCUACAGUUGACACAGGCUCCUUCAUUUUGGCGAUUCUACUGGUUGGAGCGAGUAUCUACAAACUGGCACUGCACCUCGCCCGACAAGCAGCCAAGGUUCGUAAAUCUAUUUAUCAAGGCAAAAUCGAUUGAGAAACGUACCUCUAAAGCAUUUAGCCGAUAAUAGCUUGAUUUCUUCCUGACGGGGAA